UGGCCAAGAGGCACAAAACAGGAGGCUGAGCUCCUCGCUUCAUUGUCACUCGUACACGGGCUCAGACUCUUCUCCCGAGCCUCCCGCCCCCACACAGCGGGAGGACGCGCGCCUCUCCGGACGGAUUGCCUCUGACGGCGGCACUCCGACUCCAAACUCUCCAAGCUGCAGAUGUGAAAGGGAAGCCCCAUCUCAGCCCCCCGCCCAGGCCCCUCUUUCCCGCCACCCUCAUCCGGGAGGACAAUACCUCCACUUAGGAGGGGGCUUUUGUCCGGCUCACGCGGGACACGCUGACACAGUCUGCCUUCAGCACUCGGACAGCUCCUCGGCCAUGCUCCCCGGGAUCCCCGCGAUGAUGCAAACGGAGAGUUCGGGCCAGCUCGGCGCCUCGUUGGAGACCGCCCCGGAGACGACGGCGGAGAGCGCCGCCAUCCUGCAGCAGAAGCAGCUCUUUGAGAAGUUCUGGAAGGGGACCUUCAAGGCGGUGGCCACGCCGAGGCCCGAGAGCGUAAUCGUGGCCAGCAUCAUCGCUCGCACCAGGCUGAGCCGUCCGCAGGCGUCACAGCCGCCGGGCGACAGCAGCGGCGUGAGGAAGGCGGUGGCUGCGGGCUGGGCGGCGCCCCGCGCUGGAAGGAACGGUUGCACGGCUGGGAAGAGGCGUCAUGGCUGCCAUCGCCGGGCAAGGAGCGCCUCCUUCGAGAAAGAGCUGUCACUGCGGCCCAAAGCCAAGAGGAAGAAGAGAAGAUGGGACAAGAGCAAGCGGCGGAUGAGAAGAUCGCCUUCUUGCAGCCUCUCACCGCUGAGGAGGAAGAAAAAGAAGAAGAAGAAGAAGAAGAGCUCCAAGAAAGGCAAACGGCAUCGGUAUGGCUCCAAAAAGUCCAGACAGCGUAGCUCGGUGAAUUUCAAGCGGAAGAGGAAGGACGAGAAGAGGAAGGAUGAGAAGAGGAAGGACGAGUGCAAGCAGAAGAAAAGCUCGAGGACUCGGUCGCGUCGGAGGCGUCGCCAGUGGACGUCGGCCUUGGAAUGUUCUUGCUGUCAAUCACCUGCAGAGGACAGACGCAUUGCUGAGGCCCGUCAGACGUCAGGAUGCGUGGCGGCCACCCGCGAGGGAGUCAAAUCAGUAAAAACGGCGGCAAAAUACCCGUCAGUCUUCUGUACGAAAAUUUUGUCGUCAAAGCUUUUCGAGGGGACAACAUCCCGUCGGGGCGGCAGUCCGCACGAUUACGACUCGGGCAAUGACACGUCGUCGCCACCAUCCUGUAAAACUGCUGCCGAUGGCAAGAGCACGGAGCAUCAGCGUGCUGCCUCUGAGUUUGCUGUGAAGGACAACUCCUCAGACUCGGGGAACUCAGUGACCAGCUACACCUCGCUGUCCAAAACCUGCGGGGAUGACGGCUCGAGAGACCACGUCACGUUGGGAUCUUUUCAGACGUCUGACUGCUCACAGAGGGUGAGUAAGUCCUCCGGGGGUCGUCUGAGAACUCAGUCACGUAGCCGUGGGAGGAGGAAGAAGAAGAGAAGGAGGAGAAGGAGCAGAUCAUCGGGCAGCUCCAGAUAUUCGAGACACCAACCCAGAAGCUUGUCGUCUGCCAGAUCCCACUCGUGCUCACCGAGCUAUUCGCCAGCUCCGAGGCGGCGAGACACCAUGAGCAGCACCAGGUCCAGAGGAAGCUACUCCAGAUACAGCCACGACAGACUGCGAUCGAGGCGGCGGACGUCCAGCUUCGGAGAAACGGACGUCGAGCACAAGGCCAGCAGGAAGAGACAGAGACGUAAAUUCUACUCUCCGAUGAGGAAGAGGAGGAGGGACUCGCCGAGUCAUUUGGAGGCUCGUCGAAUCACAAGUGCCAGGAAGAGGCCCAUCCCUUACUUCCGGCCCAGUCCCUCCUCCUGCAGCAGCAUUUCAUCCUGGAGCAGUCUCUUCUCGCACAGUCGCAUCCGGAGCAGGAGUCGCAAUCGCAGCUCCUCCACCUCCUGGUCCUCUUACAGGAGCUUCAGUCGCAGCUCAUCCUCAUCCAUCUUUGGGGUCCGGGGACGCGGUCGCAGCAGACCCAGGCAUUAGAGGUCUGAAAGACGAGCCCAUGGAGGUGGAGGGCAGGGAAUCCAUGCUCCUCACACUUGGAUGACAGGGUCCCAGCGAGGGUCUCAUCUUGCUGUGCAAGCCUUUUCUUGCUGGCUGACUGACUGACUGUCACAUGACCGUAUUUGGUCAUCUUGUUGUACCGCCACGCUUUCAUUUCAUUUACCCGGAACGCUCACGGAGGUCCCGUAGGACUUUUGUCUCCAGUCUUCAGGGACUGUUGGUGGAUAAGAUGAUUUGUGGUGAGCCAAGAUGGAUUUGGUCAAAGCUUCCCAAAAUGUUCAAGUCUUUAGGAUUCCGGUUUUUACUCCAGUGGAAACCGCUCUAUGUUGUUUAUGUGGACAACCUGUGGACAACCUGUCUAUUGUUCCAUUGUUAACUUCAACAACGGCGUCAGCAUAACUCCUGUCUAGUUACACAUGCACACGCACUUCCUGUUUAAUGCAAAGUAAGCACUAAGUCUAAAAUAUCACAGCUUUCCACCCGACUUAUCUGAACGAGAGAUCAAUCCAACACAUCAGACGUCUUUGAGUCUUCAGGACCCAGUCCACACGUCAGGGUUGCUGUAUUCCAGCAAGACGUCUAGACAUUCCCAGUGAAGCUUUGAGCUGAGGCAAGAGUUCAAUUCCAAGGUUAGCAGGUGAUGGAAUCCUAACAGGUCAGAAUUCCAGGGAUUAGUGUUGAAUUUCAGCAGGAACUCUAUGGAAGCCAAGGUCAUUCCUGCUGUAUGGGAAUGGAAGCAAUGGUCAUUCUCUAAUAUUCCCAUGAUUUUUCUAAGGGAUGAGUGUUGUGCUGAUGCAAGAGCCCCGUCCAUUUUCCCAGCCAAGGAUGUUGAGGCAAGAAGAAGAUUCCUACCGCUUUUCAGCGGCUUCAUUUUUUAUGUUUUGUCUUUUCAAAGUGACAAGAAAAAAGAAAGAAAUUUGUUUCUUGCUGAAAAUGAAAGCAGAGUGUCUGCCAGCGCAAAUGUCAGAUGAAUCCGUGCUCUCAUCACGGCGCCAAAUGUCAACUGCGCGUUGGCAACAGCGCAUCAACCAUGCCAUUAUUCCCACACGCCAGUCCGUGAGGCGGGUAAAAUCUAAUAUUCACGUGCUUUAUGAAAGUUAUUUAGGAACUUAUUUUUCCCAUUUAUUAGUGCUUUUUCUGUCAUUUCUUGAUUUUAUCUGUGUGAAAAAAACCCAAAACAAACCUCCACAUGCUUCGCCUUUUGUUAUCAACACUACAACAACAAACUAUGACAGCGAGAAAGUCACUGGUUUGACAUUUGCUUUGUUGCCUUUCUUACUGGUAGCGAUAUGAUUGCUUAGCCACCUAGCUUAGCUGGGAGCGAUACGAUUGCUUAGCCACCUAGCUUGGCUGGGAGAGAUAUGAUUGCUUAGCCACCUAGCUUAGCAUGUAGCAAAGCCAGACAGGAGGAAAGCCAAAGAAAGAGAGCAUUAAGAUAAGCUAAUCUUUUAGCUUGUGAUGUUAUUAAUUUUUGAACAUUUUAUUUGACUUUCCGUGCCAACUAUCCUUUCCCCAACCAGAUACUAAGCUAACUGAGCUAAUGAUCAAUGCUAAACGGCGUCCAUCUUUCCAGGAUGUGUCCAAAAUGUCAAACUAUUCAUCUUCGUUUGACUCUCUACGUAUUUAAACUUUGUUUUUCCUUCUUUAUCCAAGUGUUUGAAUGUCUCGUCGAUGAGGGAAUGGCGUUUCAUUGUGAUGCUCAUUUGGGAUGGGUGCAGACUACAGGUUAUUUGUUAGUCAGGCUUUCAGGCGGAGAAGUCUCGUGGUGUCCACAGCAGGUGGAAAUAUGGAAAUAUGGAAAGGUUGAUGUUAUGCAAUGAUGUGGAUCCGUGGAUGGUCCCUUCGUGUUUUUUUGUUUUUUGAAGGAACAUUAGAGUCACACUUUUUUUCAACUUUUUUACAUUUAAUUGAUUGAUUAAAUAAUUAUUUUUAGUCAUAUUUUGUAUUUAGAUUUGUAUUCAUUAUUUAUGUUAUUAUUUUACAUUUAUAGUCCACAUUUUAGCUCCUUAAAUAAGAAUAAUAUUUAGUUUUCAUACAGUAACUCUAUGUAAUAUUUACUACUUAUAAUCUUCACAGUGACUUUGAUGCUCCUCCGUGUCUUUGUGCUCAGCGUCUUCUCUUAUUUUGGGUGUUACAUCAGACGAUGUGUAUGAAACGUGAAUAAAGAAGUUAUU